CUAUCAGACGAAGUCAAGACAUUGCUGGGAAAUGCAAACGGGCUCUAUAUUGCUAAAGACUACGGUGCAGCUAUUGCACUACUACAAGAACUGAUUACAAAACACUCAAAUGUCCAUCAGGCAUGGAAUACACUUGGUCUAGUGCACGAAGAAAUGGGCAAUAAGGACAAAUCACUUCAAUUGCGUAUGGUAGCUGCUCAUAUGUGUGGUACAGAUGCAGGAUUGUGGAAAGAGCUGGCUGUGAAAUCAAUUGAGAACGACGCAACUCAGCAAGGUCUUUACUGUCUGACAAAAGCACUUCAAAUCGACCCAAUGGACGUUGACGCUCUUUGGGAUCGCGCAUAUUUACACAAACAAUUGAAACAAUAUGAUGAAUCACUUGAUGGCUUCAAUCAGAUCCUUGUUAUCUUGCCUAACCAUUUCAAAGUCAUCAACGAACUGGCUCAGAUA